AUGUCCACUCUCGACAUCACUACUCCCGCCUCCAUCGUACACGACGGCUGCAUUAUUAUAAAGCGUUCAACUAGACCGGACGACAUCUCUUCGAUCCACACACGUAUUGCCUUACCCUCUGUGCGCGAGAUCGGACUGUUCGCUCACACAACUCACGACGAGAAUGGGGAACACGACAAAUCUGGGCUGGACAAAGAUGACAUGCCCAAUCAUGCGUGGCUCGACGAGCUAGUCCCAGUACUCUCCGAGAUCGCUCAGGACUUCCACUUCGAGAAGGUGACGCUAUGCGACUUCAGCUGGGGCUGUGUCACCAAAUCCACGCGAGAAUUUCUUCUCUCUCGCUUCUCUAGCGCCACACACUUGAAACUUUGCACGGUUGACUUCUGGUACACCAACGAGCUUCUGAAGACUCUGCAGUCAUUUCCGCGCCUCACUCAACUUGAGAUCGUCAACUGUGAAUGGGAAUUUCUCAAUCUCUCGCAAGAGCAGGCCACAAGGACGGAAGAACUCAAUCUGACACAUCUCAUCUUGGACGAGGCUCAUACGCAGUACGAUCCAGUCGUGCUAUGGCUUCUCGGCAACGGCGAACGCGCCAUCGUGAAUGUCAGUAGUGCACAUAUCGUUUGGGAGAACACUGAUGCUCGGUGUCUCGUUCGUCUUAUGGAGAAGAUCGCACCCUCCUUGCGAAACUUGACAUAUCGCCAAAAAGUCAAAAAUUUGGUUGAAUGCACCCCAACGUUACGCGGCCUUGAUGGCGAUGAACUCAUGGACCCCAGCUUUUCUGCAGUGCUGGCCGAAAGGUGGACAGCUCCCGAGAACGAGAAAGUUGCUGCAGUAAAGGCUAUGGAGCUUCUGAGAACCACGCGGGUAAAUCGAGGUGUCCUUACUGAACUGGAUGCGUGCAUCGAAUGGUCCCCGUUGGCCGUAUUCGGCAUCGAGCUACUGUGUCAACUCCUUUCACAUCAAGCCACAUCCGUCUCCUUGACGCUCAUCCUGGACUCUAGUCCCAAUGACACAGAAUGGGACACCGUCGACGAAUUGUUGAACACCUUAACCAUCAACAAAACGACGCUCGCCGUGUUUGAACUGUGGCUCGAUGGAGAUCUUGCAAACUCCCUAUUCUUUGACGAUGGUGCUCCAAUCAUGAGGAGGCUGCCUCGUUUGGUGCAGCAGAAUAUUUGGCAGAUCGGAUAUGUUGAUAGUUCCUAUGAUUCCGCUUCCGACUAG